UGGUUAAAAGGGGGGAUGCAUGUGCCUCCCUUACGAAUUGACAAAGGUACUGUGGGCUGUUCAUCAUCUUCAUAUUCAUCUAAGGUUCUAAAUCUCACUGUGUCUGUGGCAUCAUGGGAAGGCAGAAGGUUUUCAUGGACAAAAUGAUGCAAAUGUUCCACAUCCGAAACCUGCUAAUACGUCAGGCUCUUGCGGAAUGCCUGGGCACGCUCAUCCUGGUGAUGUUUGGCUGUGGUGCUGUUGCUCAGUUAGUCCUGAGCGAAGGAUCGCAUGGAAUGUUCCUGACGGUGAACUUCGCAUUUGGUUUCGCUGCCACACUUGGGAUUUUGGUGUGUGGCCAGAUUUCAGGUGGCCACCUGAACCCAGCUGUGACCUUUGCCCUGUGCAUCCUGGGAAGGGAACCAUGGAGGAAGUUCCCUGUGUAUUUCAUAUUUCAGACUGUGGGUGCAUUCCUUGGCUCUGGGAUAAUAUUUGGCAUGUAUUUUGAUGCACUUUGGGAGUAUCGGAAGGGCAGUCUGAUUGUGUUGGGGGAAAAUGCUACAGCUGGAAUAUUUGCCACGUAUCCAUCCAGACAUCUCAGCCUGGUCAACGGCUUCUUUGACCAAGUGAUUGGCACAGCAGCUCUGAUCGUGUGUAUACUCGCCAUCGUGGACCCGUAUAACAACCCAAUCCCACGUGGCCUAGAAGCCUUCACUGUAGGCUUUGUGGUUUUGGUUAUUGGUCUUUCUAUGGGAUUUAACUCAGGCUAUGCCGUGAACCCUGCCAGAGACCUCGGACCCCGAAUCUUUACCUCACUUGCAGGCUGGGGCAGUGAAGUCUUCACGGCAAAUGACUACUGGUUCUUUGUUCCAAUCUUUGCACCAUUUAUUGGUGCCAUGGUGGGCGUUUUGGUGUACCAACUGAUGGUGGGAUACCAUUUGGAGGGAGAAGCCCAAGACAGGGCAGAAGCGGAAGCCCGAGAAGAGAAAGAAAGGCUGAAGUCAUGCAAAGUGUCUGGGUAAAAUGCCAUUGUGUAAAAUCUCACUUACAAGUCAUUUCUUACAGUCUAAAUGCUGGACAUUAUGGCCUUCAUGUUCCCUUUGACAUUAAGAGCUCAUAUUCUCUCUACUCUCUGUGCUAAAUCCCAGACAGUAUAACUCCCACGUUUUCUUUGGCACGUAACAUUUGAUUGCCUUUGUACAGUCAUCUGAUUGUCAUGUCCUACCUAAAUCCCAGCAUGUUUGUCCUCUCUUAUUGACUGCUUUUAAUGUAUAACUAGACAAGUCUAGACAUGGCUAAAUCCCGCACUAAACCCGCAAACCACAAAAUCCCAAACCUCUGACAUAUUAGUCUUGUUCAAAGACCAGCUGUGUCUUAAACACCACUAAGAUGACCAUAUGCCUAAAGACAACCACUGUCCCUACCUACAACUUUAUUUUGAAUGUUGCAUUAAAUAUUACAUUCAUUAUAAUAAGGAAUAACAGAAGUCUAAAAUUCUCCUAAAUUCUCAAUCGGCAAUUACUGUUGUUACUUUAAUGCUAUGUUGAAUAAUCUUUUGUGGUCUGAAUAUGUGUGUCUUUUAUUCAUCUUUUUUUUUUAUUUGUGUUAAUUUGCAUCCUAUCAUCAGGAAUUAAAAAUAGAUAGAAAUAAAUAGCAAAUAGAAAAUAAACAGAAAAUUAUUUCCAUUUGUUGUAUUAGUAUUUUCCAUUUGUGUAUUUCAGUAUCAUCACUUUUUUACUGUGUUCUUAACUGAGAUGCAGUUUUUUCUUUCAUAUAUGUAUCUACAAAGGAAAUAUUGAAAUAUUAUAAAUACAGUUUGUUGCUAAUAUUUGCAUUUUGAAAUUUCAUUUCUUUCACAAUUAUGUAAAAUGCAAAGUUGCAAAAUAAAGAAAAUGACCAA